AUGGUUUUUGGAACUUGGAUGGGAAAGACGAGACAACGAAUGGAACAUGGGGCUUCUGUGACUUCAAUUGUAGUGACCAAAGUACAGAGCAAAGAUGAGCCCUACUUUGUGAAAACACCUAAAGAUGUUGACGUAAUUCUAGGCAAUCCUGUUACGCUGCCGUGCGAAGUCACACCGGACAACGGGAUCAAGUAUUACUGGGAAUUAAACGGUUCGAAAAUAGCGAAUACAACUCGCAGACACCAGCAAGGCAGUAACCUCCACAUAACCCGCGUGGAUCGCGAUCGCGAUUCCGGUCAAUUCACUUGCAUUGCCGUCGAGGACACUCCGACAGGACAAUCCCCUGCCAUCACCAGUUCGCCUGCUACCAUCAAUAUUCAAUGGAUCGAUGAAGCUUCUGUGCAACUACAAGAACCCGAAUCUGCAUUGUUUAUACAACGAGGCAGUAACGUCAUUUUGAGAUGUCAUCUAGAUGCUUCAGGAGAGGUCCACUUCGAUUGGUAUCGGAACACAGACCAUUUAACGAAAUCAGCCAGGCUUGAAAUUAAAAAGAAAAGGUUGCACAUCAAGUCCGUGGAACCGUCAGACAACGGUGUUUACAGAUGUGUCGCCAAGAACGAGGCUGGAAUACAACACAGCACGAAGAAUUUCGCAUUGGCUGUUCCCGGAAACCACACACCUCUGAUUCAAACUGUUCCUUCAGAUACUGUAGUUAAAAGAGGAGGCACUGCUUUUUUAGACUGUUCAUACCAAAACGCUGACGUUAUUGAAUGGUAUUUCAAAGAUGACAGACUUGAAAAUAAUAACAGACUAACUGUACAUUCAAAUGGGACAUUACAAAUUAACAAUGUGGACGAAUCAGAUCAAGGCAUUUACAGUUGUGUGGGAAUCAGAAGUGAAUCUACAGACGUUCCUCAAAGUUAUACUGCAGAAUUAAAAUUAGCAUUUAUUGAACCACUUGUAUCAACUUCGUUUGAACCGACAUUGCCAGAAAAUUCAAGAAGAAUCGUAGGUGAAGGAAAUACCUUCCAGUUGUCUUGUUUGGAGCCUAAAAGCCUACCGCUUGCCAAAAAAUGGUGGGAAAAUAGACACGGACACACGAUAUCUGAUACCGGUGAAAUACGAGUUGACGAUGGCAGACUUAUUAUUGAUAACAUAAGAUUAGAGAAUGCUGGUCACUACAAGUGCGUAGCUGAAAAUAUUGCUGGAAAAACUGAAAAAAUUGUGGAGAUUAUAGUAACUACAAAACCGAAAAUAAUCGUUCAUCCAGAAAGCGUAACCGUCGACGAAAACGACCGAUCGGCUCUCAUUUGCGAGUUCGAAUCGGCAUCCAGAGAACACACGAUGGCGAAAUGGAGAAAGGAUGGCAAAACUUUAAAACACGAUUACGACGAAUCUGCCGGAUCUCAUCCGAGAAUUAAAAUCUUUAAACACAACGGAACUUUGAUAAUUAGCAAUACGCAGGCGACCGAUAGAGGGGAAUACGUAUGCGAAGUUAUUACCGCCGGACAAAAGCCCGUUUAUUCCAAACCUGCAACUAUAUCCGUUAUAGAACAACUCAAAUUUGUCCCAGCCCCAGUCAACAAGAAAAUGGAACUAGGCAGCGUAGCUAAAGUUCAUUGCAAAGCUCAAGGCACUCCGCCGCCGAUCAUACGUUGGGAAAAAGAAGGAGUUCCCGUAGAAAAUUUAAAUAGUCACAUAACAGAUAUGAAUGGAACUCUGCACUUUAACGGAGUCUUAACUGAAGAUAAAGGAAGAUACAACUGCAUUGCCAGCAGCAGUCAAGGCGUUAUUAAUGCUUCUAUUACCGUAGAUGUUGUUGUGGCGCCCAAAUUCAGCGUACUGCCGAAGACUCCGACUGAAGCGAUAGAAGGAGAAUCGGUGUCCAUCGAUUGCGUGGUAGAAGGAGAUCCCAAACCGACGAUCCAAUGGGACAAAAAUUUGAACAUGAACGACUUCGAUUUGGAACGAUUUAAAGUUUUAGAUAACGGAACGUUGUACAUUAGGCAAGUGAGGAAAGAAGACGAAAAUAAGUACGGUUGUACCGCGGGCAGUAGCGCUGGACUCAACAGGAAAGAAGUGCAGUUGAUUGUUCACUCUUUAGACGGAAUGCACGCAAGCGAUUCAACAGUAACAAAAGCAGUUCUAAUUACUAUGUCUGUAGCAGGAGCGUACAUAGUAUUGGUCAUUGGUUUAAUGGUUUGGUGUAGAUACAGGAGAAAGUCUAGAAAAAUUCCACUAAGUGACAUUACAAAAACGGAAAAUGGCGAUAUGGAGCAUACAGAACUUAAAGAACCCAUUAACGGUACCAACUCGGUCACGGCAAAACCGAAACUAAACGGUCUAGAGACUCACAAAGAAGGUCAAAGGAGCGAUGGAGCCGAAACUACAAAUUCUCAAUCUUCGAGUCAGUCCAAAAAGUCCAAAUCAAGUCUCUAUGAUAAGUUAGCUUUAUCGAGGACCCAUUUGAAGGAAUUAAAAUUAAUUGGUCGUGGAGAAUUCGGUGACGUGAUGGUUUCCAAAAUCCCAAAAAGCGUCCUCAUAAACAACAAACGACAUUCUAAAAAUUCCCAAACAACAUCCGAUGAUGCUCAAACAGAGGAUAAAGAAGUACACGUACUAAUAAAAGCUUUAAAUAAUACCAAAGACGAAGUAUGUCUGCAGGAAUUUAAACGAGAGAUGGACUUGUUCAAUAAAUUCUCCCACGAGAAUAUCACUAAAUUAUUCGGACUUUGCAGAGAAGCCGAGCCGCAUUUUAUGAUUCUAGAACACACUGAUUGGGGUGAUUUAAAGAAGUUCCUCAUGGCUACACAAAACGGUGCUCCACCACCGCUUACACCAGUUCAAAGCGUAGCAGUUCUUCAACAAUUGAGUCGCGGUAUGGAAUAUUUAUCGAAUAACAGACAGGUCCACAAAGAUUUGGCUGCUCGGAAUUGUCUCAUUUCGUCUGUUUUGGUUGCCAAAAUCGGUCUUCCUAGAUUGACCAGGGAUCCGUAUAGUCAAGAAUAUUGCAAGCACGUUAAUAACAUUAUUCCAUUAAGAUGGCUGCCUUACGAAGCCGUCUACGAAGACGAGUAUUCGACGAAGAGCGACGUUUACGCUUUUGCGGUAUUGAUGUGGGAAAUAUUUGCUAAAGGGGAGUUACCUCAAUCGAAAAUCAACGAUAAUACUUUCUUAAAUAAGCUGAAGGAGAAGAAAAUCGAAUGGAAACCCCACACGGCUACGACGGAGGGAUUAGUUGAGUUACAGGAAUUAUGUUGGAACAUAGAUCCUCAGAAACGGCCGUCGUUUACAGAAAUUUCCUCCCAAAUCGCCGAAGUACUUAAAUCUAUGUAA